CGAGGCGACAGACAGCAGCCAGCCUGGAGGUAGGGGAGUGAGCCUUCCCGGACUCUGCCUGACACAUUCCCUGGGAUUUAACUGAAGCAAGCACCUCCCAGCCCCUCACCUCGUUUCCCAACCCUCUUGCCAGCGCCAGAGCCGAAAGCCCUUCCCAAUCCACGAUGUUUGCCGGGUCCAGCCGUCCAAGGCCAGCCUUUUGAUCUCCGCAGGAGAAAUAUUUUUUCUUCACCUUGCAGGGAUCUGUCCGUUUAAAUAGAAAAAGAAGGAGGGGGAGAACAAUAAAAGGAAACAAGCCCACCCUAAAUACACCAACUCAGCCCCUCCACCCUACCGCGGCAGGGAGAGAUCAGCCAAGCUAGAGUUUAUUAAACGGCAAUACUCUCCCUUGUCUGAAAGACUGGGAGCCAGGCGCUAUCCGUGGUUCUGAAAUCCAUCUCCUCCUUUUGGGGGUUCCAACCCCAACAUCUGGAUUGUACUUUUUUUUUAAAUCGCCAGUGGAAAAGUCCCAGCUCUUGAUUCACUUGGUUUUGUAAGUGCCAAUUCUAAACAUCUUUUCUGCCCCUAAAACUCGUGGACUACAAAAGCAUCGGACCUGGGAAAAUGUGCAGCUUUAAUACACUCAGGCUGUACCUUUGGGAGACGAUUGUAUUCUUCAGUCUGGCUGCUUCCAAGGAAGCUGAGGCUGCAGCCCGUUCCGCACCCAAGCCUAUGUCUCCCUCGGAUUUUCUGGAUAAACUGAUGGGGAGAACCUCAGGAUAUGAUGCCAGGAUCAGACCUAAUUUUAAAGGUCCCCCAGUCAAUGUGAGCUGCAACAUUUUCAUCAACAGUUUUGGCUCCAUUGCUGAAACAACUAUGGAUUACAGGGUCAACAUCUUCUUGCGUCAGCAGUGGAAUGACCCUCGAUUGGCCUACAAUGAGUAUCCUGAUGAUUCCCUGGACCUGGACCCAUCCAUGUUGGACUCCAUCUGGAAGCCAGACUUGUUCUUUGCCAAUGAGAAGGGAGCCCAUUUCCAUGAGAUCACCACCGACAAUAAGCUCCUGCGCAUCUCCAGGAAUGGCAAUGUUCUCUACAGUAUCAGGAUUACUCUGACUCUGGCCUGCCCCAUGGAUUUGAAGAAUUUUCCCAUGGAUGUCCAGACAUGCAUUAUGCAACUGGAGAGCUUUGGCUAUACCAUGAAUGACCUCAUCUUCCAGUGGCAAGAGCAAGGGGCAGUGCAGGUGGCCGAUGACUUAACCCUGCCCCAGUUUAUCCUGAAAGAAGAAAAGGAUUUGCGAUACUGCACCAAACAUUAUAACACAGGCAAAUUCACCUGCAUAGAAGCUCGCUUCCACUUAGAACGACAGAUGGGCUACUACCUGAUCCAGAUGUAUAUCCCCAGCCUGCUCAUUGUCAUCCUCUCCUGGAUCUCUUUCUGGAUCAACAUGGAUGCUGCACCUGCUCGGGUGGGCUUGGGCAUCACCACAGUGCUCACCAUGACCACCCAGAGCUCUGGCUCUCGAGCAUCUUUGCCUAAGGUCUCCUAUGUGAAAGCCAUUGACAUCUGGAUGGCAGUCUGUCUGCUCUUCGUGUUCUCAGCACUGCUGGAGUACGCCGCUGUCAACUUCGUGUCCCGGCAGCACAAAGAGCUACUCAGGUUCAGGAGGAAAAGGAGACACCACAAGAGCCCUAUGCUGAAUCUGUUUCAGGAGGAUGAAGCUGGGGAGGGGAGGUUCAAUUUCUCUGCUUACGGGAUGGGCCCAGCCUGUCUACAGGCCAAGGAUGGCAUCUCCGUCAAGGGAGCCCACCAUAACAACACAGGCAACCCUCCACCCCCACCCUCCAAGUCCCCAGAGGAGAUGCGCAAGCUUUUUAUCCAAAGGGCCAAGAAGAUUGACAAGAUGUCCCGGAUUGGCUUCCCCAUGGCCUUCCUCAUCUUCAACAUUUUCUACUGGAUCAUCUACAAGAUUGUCCGCAGGGAGGAUGUCCACAAUCAGUGAACGGAAGGGCUGUGGCAGCUCGGGUAGGGGCAGGGAGGGCAUGGCACAAGGAGAAGAGACACAAAGGAAGCAGAGGGAGAGGAAGGGCUCUCCCAGGACA